UGGCGCUUUCUUGCUUUUCUUUACACAAAGAACAUAACCCUUCUCUGUUCUCUCAGUGAACGUUUGCUUUUCCUUCUCUUCUCUUCCAAUGGAGGAAUCCGACGACAAAGAUUCCUUUAAUCCGCCGCCGCCUUCUCUUCCCGCGAACUACGUCACGCUGACGAUGCUCAAGGAGCGGUGGCUGCAGAAGAAGCAAGAGGAGGAAGAAGCGAAACUGAAGAAGCAACAGAAUCCGGAGCAAGAAGCGAAAGAGGAAAGAGCGGGCGGGUCUAGGGACCGGAUUACACCCACGACCCGGAACCAGAAUCCGGGGAAAUCCGGGCGUGAUUAUGUUCCUCGCCGUCGCCAGCAAUUCUCGAGGGAUCGGCGGGGAGGUGAAAGCUGGGUGAGGAAGCACGAGGAGGCGGAGAGCAGUGGCUCGGUGGUAGUUGGGGGAAACCCGGAAAUUAAGGAAAAGAAGCACUGGGAAGGGAGAAAACCUAGGGCUCCGCAGAGUGUGAAGUAUCCGGAAAAUGCGGCUGAAAAAGGGGAAAUUCCAACGGUUUUGAGUGAGGAGAGUGGUGGGAAAGGGAAAAAUGUUGGGGAACUUCUGUUGGAUGGUGAUAAUGGUGAAAAUGGGGUUGAAAUCAGAAAGGGUUUUGGGGGAGAACGUAGAGGAGAAAGGAAGGAAUGGAGAGGUGGCUUUAAGAGAUAUGGGAAUGGUAGGGUGAAUUCUAGGGUUCACAAGCAGGUAGGAGAAUUGGAAGAGAAUGAAAAGAAAGAAGAGGGAGUUUUUGGAGGAGCUGAAGAAAAAAAGGAAAAGGCUGAGAAGGGGAGACAAAGUGGUAUAGGACAGUCUGCAGUGAAGAUUGAUAAGAGUUCUCAGGAUUUGUUGUUGGAUGAUAGAAAAGAUGCCAUUGUGAGUGUGAGGGUAAGUGGUCAGCAACUGAGCAUGAAUUCUAAGGUUCACAAGCAGGCAGGAGAGAAAGAAAAGAAAGGGGCAGAGAGGGUUGUUGGAGUGGUCGAAGAUAGAAGGGGAAAGGGUGAGAAGGGGAGACAAAGUGGCAUAGGACAGUCGGGGGCGAAGAUUGAUAAGAAUUCUCAGGAUUUGUUGUUGGAUGAUAGAAAAGAUGGCAAUGUGAGGACGGGGGUAAGUGGUCAGCAACAGAGCAAGAAUUCUAAGGUUUACAAGCACGUAGGAGAAUUAGGAGAGGAUGAAAAGAAAGCAGAAGAGGGGGUUGUUGUAGUGGCUGAAGAUAGAAGGGAAAAGGGUGAGAAGGGGAGACAAAGUGGCAUAGGACAGUCGGGGGUGAAGAUUGAUAAGGGUUCUCGGGAUUUUUUGUUGGAUGAUAGAAAAGAUGGCAAUGUGAGGAUGAGGGUAAGUGGUCAGCAACAGAGAAUGGAUUCUAAGGUUUACAAGCAGGUAGGAGAAUUAGGAGAGGAUGAAAAGAAAGCAGAAGAGGGGGUUGUUGUAGUUGCUGAAGAUAGAAGGGAAAAGGGUGAGAAGGGGAGACAAAGUGGCAUAGGGCAGUCGGCUGUGAAGAUUGAUAUGAGUUCUCAGGAUUUGUUGUUGGAUGACAGAAAAGAUGCCAAUGUAAGAACGAGGGUAAGCAGUCAGCAACAGAGUAUUGAUUCCAAGGUUCACGAGCUGGUAGGAGAAUUUGGAGAUGAGGAAAAGAAGGUAGAGGAGGGGGUUGUAGAAGUGGCCAAGGAUGGAAUUAAAAAUGGUGACGAGGGGAGGAUAAGGAUUAGAACUUGUGCAGGACCUUGGGCUCAUAACAUUGAAAACAGAUUCAGGAAUGAUAAUAGAAGAUAUGGCAAUGUGAGGAGGAUAAGUGGUAGUGCUGGUGGUCGGCAUGGAUAUGUAGGUUACGGGGGAAGGGUGGCUCGACAAAGGGUUGAGCAGGUAGAGAAUCGAUUAAUGUGGGUGAAGAAGGGAGAAAAUUCCAGCGGCAAUGUUACUGAGUUCAAUUCUCAGGUUCAUCUGUGAAGGGCAUAUUAACAGAACCAAUGAAGCUGUAGACAGCAGGAGAAAAGAAGAGAGGACUCACCAAAACAUGUGAUGUUAGUUCAAUAGGUGACUUUAGAAUGUGUCCCUGGUUUCUUCACCAGGCAAGAAAAUGCUUUUUUGGCAAUUAAGAAAUGCUGGUUAAUGCUUUAACCUCAUGUUCAACAUUGUUCAAGUGAUUGCAUUAUAAUUAUAAUAAUCUGAAUAUAGAAACUUGAAAGAAUGCUUUUAUUUAUUUAUUAAAUGCCAAUUUUAAGCUUA